AUGGACAAGGAAUGUCCAAUUGCAGCAGUUGCCAAAGAGUUUGGCUUCAGUUCAAAUGGUUUCUCUAUUUACCUGAACCGGAACAAGACUGGAGAGAUCCUGUCACAGAACAAGACCCUCAGUCUGCUGAAAGUCAAGCAUGGCGACAUGCUCUUUCUUUUCCCAUCCUCAGCUGGACCCUCCAGUGAGAACAUGGACACAGCUCAGCCUCAUACUUCUUCUUCCUACCCUUCCUUCCCUUCAUCCUCUUCAUCAUCGUCUUCCUUAUCACGUUCACACUCUGCACCACAGAUCCAAGAGGACGAGAUUGACCAGUAUCUGUCCAAACAAGAGGGAAAGAUCUACAGAAACCGAGACCCCCAGCUGUGCCGGCACGGUCUCAUGGGGAAAUGUGUGCACUGCGUACCAUUAGAGCCUUUUGAUGAAGACUAUCUGAACCACCUCGACCCACCGGUCAAGCACAUGUCCUUUCACGCCUACAUCCGGAAACUCACCGGCGGAGCAGACAAGGGGAAGUUUGUGGCGCUUGAGAAUAUCAGCUGUAAGAUUAAAUCUGGCUGUGAGGGGCAUCCGCCCUGGCCAGAGGGCAUCUGUACCAAGUGCCAACCCAGCGCCAUCACUCUCAACAGACAGAAAUAUCGACAUGUGGACAACAUCAUGUUUGAGAAUCACACCAUUGCGGACCGUUUCCUCGACUUCUGGAGGAAGACGGGUAAUCAGCGGAUGGGCUACCUGUAUGGACGCUACACCGAGCACAAAGACAUCCCUCUCGGCAUUCGAGCAGAGGUUGCCGCCAUUUAUGAGCCGCCUCAGAUUGGAACCCAGAACAGCUUGGAGUUGAUUGAAGAUCCCAAGGCAGAAGCAGUUGAGGAGAUUGCUGCAAAACUAGGCCUGCGGAAGGUGGGGUGGAUUUUCACAGAUCUUCUGUCAGAGGACACUAGGAUAGGCACAGUCCGCUACACCAGAAACAAGGAUUCAUACUUCCUGAGUGCAGAGGAGUGCAUCACAGCUGGACACUUCCAGAACCAACAUGCCAACGCUUGUCGGCUUUCCCCGGAUGGCCAUUUUGGAUCCAAGUUUGUCACAGUGGUGGCAACGGGUGGUCCCGAUAACCAGGUGCACUUUGAAGGGUAUCAAGUGUCCAAUCAGUGCAUGGCUCUGGUGAGGGAUGAAUGUCUACUGCCCUGCAAAGAUGUGCCUGAACUGGGCUAUGCCAAAGAGUCCAGCACAGAGCAAUACGUCCCUGAUGUCUUCUAUAAGGACAAAGACAAAUUCGGCAAUGACAUCACAUAUUUAGCCCGACCGCUGCCAGUGGAGUACCUGAUCAUUGACAUCACCACCACUUUCCCAAAGGACCCUGUAUUCACUUUCUCCUCUACUUUUCGCUUCCCCAUCGAAAACAGAGAUGCUCUGGGAGAGACCCAGGACUUCCACAGUUUAGCGACGUAUCUUUCCCAGUGUUCUUCCUCCUCCUCCUUCCUGGACAUCGUCUCAGACUUCCAUCUACUUCUCUUUCUAGUCACCAAUGAGGUCAUGCCCUUACAGGACAGCAUUGGGCUUCUGCUGGAUGCAGUGAAGACAUCCAAUGAGGAGCUGGCUCAAACCUGGAAGAAAUCUGAGCAGUGGGCCACAAUCGAGCAGCUCUGCAGCACAGUUGGAGGGCAGCCGUCGGGAUCUUUGGAUUAUGCCAUGGGCGGCCCAACUCUCCCGCAGUCCUCUUCAGCUGUGUGGUCCUGCCUCCACUGCACCUUCAUGAACCAACCUUCA